AUGAAAGUGAUUAUUAUUGGCGGUGGUCCUGCUGGUUUGGCAGCUGCCAAAGCUCUUGGGAAGGAACCAGGGAGUUUUGAGAUCGACUUAUAUGAAAUUCAACCACAGGUAGGUGGACUUUGGAAUUAUGUCCCUGAGAACAAAAAUGGAAAGCCUAGUUCGGUCAACAACGGAUACGUGACUGGCAUUUACAGAGAGAUGGAGACCAACAUCACUAAGGACAUUAUGCAAUAUAACGGGUAUCCCUUCCCUGAAGAAACGGAAGUUUUCCCCACUAGAGGAGAAGUAGCUGAAUAUUUGCAUGAGUUCUCGAACACGAUAGAAAAUGUGAAAAUUCAUCUAAAUAGCGAGGUUACUAAGGCCAAGAAGGUUGAUGGGAAGUGGCAAGUUGAAGUGCACAAUUAUGACUCUGGUAAGAAUAGGAGCUCUGAGUAUGAUGCCUUGAUUGUUGCAAAUGGUCAUUUCCGCACCCCAUUCUUUCCCCUGGUUGAAGGAUUGGAUGAGUGGAGAAGAGAAUGGCCUGAUAGUGUUACUCAUGCAAAGUUCUACGACCAUGCAGAGCCUUUCAGAGGGAAGCGUGUGUUGGUAGUUGGAAAUUCUGCAUCCGGAAUCGAUAUCUCCACGCAAUUAUCAACGGUGGCGUCACAGGUGUACGUUUCAUCUCGUAAAAAGGAUGAGUUACUUCAGUUGAAUAAUCCUGUAGUCGUUGAUAUUGGUGUGGUGAAAUCUUACAACCCAGAUCGUUCUAUCACUUUGGAGGAUGACUCAACCGUACACGACAUUGAUGUGGUGAUGUUUUGCACAGGAUAUCUCUAUGACGUGCCAUUUUUGGAAGAUUAUCAAGAAGAAAUUAGCCUUAAAACCAGAAGCGGAUUCAGAAAUAUCUACAAAGGUAUCUUUUUCAUCUAUGACCCAUCAUUGAUUUUUAUUGCCCUUCAAAAACAAGUGGCACCUAUGCCUUUAGCUGAAGCUCAGAGUGUCUACGUUGCCAGAGUUCUCAACAAAAGAAUUAAUCUUCCAUCUACUGAAGAUAUGGCUCGUUUUGAGAGAGAAGAGACCUCAAAAUUUGACUCCGAGUCACAGUAUCAGUACCUUGGCUACCCCCGCGAUGUUGAUUACAUCAGCGAGUUGAUUCAAGAGGUCCUGGAGCUACAGGAUGGAUUGGGUGGCCACGAAGCUGAGUUCUGGAACGGCGCUAGAAGGACCUCCAGAAGUUUGUCUGGCCCUGUCAAGAACAAGAGACUAGAAGUCGUGUUGAAGCACACGUUAGAAUUGAGAGAACAAAAAAAGGAGUUUGUGAUUCUCAGAAAUGACUAA